AGCCGCAGCCUGUGGUUAUCAGUCACCACCUGACAGAGUUCGGUUUUUGUAUUGCUCCGUGCCGAAGAGAUCAGCCAAUCAUAUCAGCCAUGUCCGCCCUGAAAGCCUUCAUCUUUGUUGCCCUCUUCGCCGUGGCCUACUGCGCUCCCAGUCCCGGUUUCUUUGGCAAACACGAGCACCACACAAUCCACGUCCCAUACAAAGUGCACACCGUGCACCACCACCACGUGCAGAAGGUGCACGUUCCGGUGGUGAAGCAUGUGCCAGUGCCAGUCUACAAGGAGGUGCACGUUCCCGUCCACCAUGUCCACCACGAGGAGAUCCCCGUCCCAGUCCACCACGUUCACCAUGAGGAGGUCCCCGUGCAUCAUGUCUUUGAUGAUCAUCACGAUCACCAUGGCUGGGGCUCCCACCACGGACACGGAUGGCUGUAAGCCGUUCUCGGGAAGAAUGCUGUUUUAUUAUCCACCCACCACCACCUCAGCAAGUCCAAUUAAAGUCCAACUAAAGCCUGUAAAUACUGUAAAAUGUCUAAGUUAAUGAUUGUAAAUAAAACAAAAACAAUAUAUUUCGACUGUAACAGAAAA